AUGGAGAUAGAUCCUCAACAAAAAAUAACUGAUGUAACAAUAAAUUUGGAAGGAAUUAACAAGAUUGAAAAAAACAAAUUAGAGUUUAUAUUUAAUGAGUUAAAGAGAAGUAAAAGUAUAGAAGAAGUUUUUUAUAAUAUAGCACAAUGUAAUAAUAAAAUAAUUAGUUUAAAUAUAUUUGAUGGUUAUCCUGAUGUGAAAUUAAAUAGUUUAGUAGAUAGUCAUAUAACAAUAGAUUAUAUAUUUAAAGAAAAAAAAAAAGAUUAUAUGAUUGGGACCAAUGUUAAUAAUCGUGGUGAAAUAACUGGUGAUAUUGAAAUUAGUUUGCCAUAUAUUUUUAAAACAGUAAAUAGUAUUGAACUUAAAGGAAAUAUAAGUAGUUUAUAUACAAACAACUUUUCAAUACGUUUUGUAUUGCCAUAUAUAAAAUAUUUUAAAGAUUGGAAAUUAAUUUUUGAAACAUAUAUAUCAGCAUUUAAUAAUAUAAAAUGUGGAUCCUAUAGUAUAAAAACAAAUUCAGUUAGAACUAAUUUAGUUAAAGAAAAUCAUUCCAUUGCUUGGGAACUUAACCUUAAUAAAAUAUACCAUGAAAUAAAUAAAAAUUUUAUUCCCUCAGAUAAUGUUCUUAAAUUUCCAGACAACCAUAUUAAACAUACUAUCAAAUAUGUAUAUAAAAAGGAUAAGCUAAAUUAUGUGAAUCUAAACAAUUAUAAAAAAGACAAUGAAAAAAAUCAAAAUGGAAGUCAAUACACAUUUUAUCCAACUUCAGGGUACUACUAUGAAAUACAAAAUGAAGUAUCCUUGCCUUAUUGUGAAGCAAAUUUUUUUAAAAAUCAUUUAAAUUUUUUAUAUGCUAAAAAUAUAUUUAAAAAUUUUUAUUCAUAUAUACAUUUUAGUAAUGGAAUAAAAUAUAAUUAUAAUAAAAAUAAACAAUAUUAUUUAAACAAUUUCAAUUUUACUGGUAGUAUAGGAAGUUCAUUAAUUUUUCGAGGGUUUGAAUAUAACUCUAUUGGGACUCCAGAAAAAUGUUUUAAUUUUAAUCCACACAAUAAAAAUUAUGAUAUUACUUAUAACUAUUUAGGAGCUAAUUAUUUUACGAAUAUACAGCUUAUGUUUAAAUAUAUAUUAAAUAUUCAAAAUAUUAAUCCUAUGUUAUUUUUUUAUAUACAAUUAGGAAGAUUAAGUGAUAAUUUUUAUUCAUCUUUUAGCCAAUUAAAAAAGGAUACUCGUCUUUCAGCAGGUUUUGGACUUAUGACAUAUGUUCAAAAAAAUGUAGCUCUAGAACUUUCAUUUAAUUUUCCAUUAUUACACCAACAUACUGACAAGACAAAGUUUUUCCAAGUUGGUUUAAAUUUCAAAGCUGCAUUAUAA